GGAGUGAGAGAGAUUGAACGUGUGGGGAGAAGCAGGUGGUCUGUCGUGUCAAGGAUUUUAUGUCAAAAGUACAGGUUCUAGAAAGCGUUUUGCCCUCAAGAGAUAUUCGUCAUGGAGAUGUGUUCAUAGGGACCUCAGGAAUGGGGCCCUUAAGGACAGAACACGCUCAAAAGAGAUGAAAAGUCUGGUAAAUGUAGGAGGGUGAAGCUGUAGAUCCUUUGGCCCAUAAUGCCCGUUGGUGAAACAAGUGAAUGAAGACCACGUGACCGACACGGACCAAUCAGCGGCCUCGGAUUACCAACGGACCAAUCAGCGGCCUCGGAGAUUACCAACGGACCAAUCAGCGGCCAGAGAUUACCUACCAUCUCGAAGUCACACGUAAACAAGGAGUUCUCCUGAAAAGUACAAAAUAAAGCAGCUGGAAAUGGAGGAUACUGCAAAGAACCAGGUUGUAAAGGAUACAGAUGAUCAGCAGCAGCCGCAAUCACAGCAGCAGCCCCCACAGCAGCAGCAGCAGCAGCAGCAGGAGCCGCAGCAGCAGCAGGAGCAGACGGAUGAUGAUAAGCAAAAACCGCCAGCCGGUGGUGGCAGCGAUGGGCCUGUGGGCUCCGCUGCCACCACUAAGGAUGGCGUUCCCCCUCCUACACAGAUUAAUAAAAUAAAAUUUGGCCCUGGGGCUCCUCUUAUAAAGAAGGACAAGCGGCAGUCAUCGUCACGCUUCAACAUCCCCAAGAACAGAGAAUUACAAAAGCUGCCAUUACUCAGAGAUGCCCAGCCAAAUGAGAGGGAAGAGCUCUUCAUCCAGAAGAUCCGGCAGUGUGGGGUGCUCUUUGAUUUCGUAUCGGACCCCCUCAGUGACCUGAAAUGGAAGGAAGUUAAACGAGCAGCGCUAAAUGAGAUGGUGGAGUAUGUCACGACUCAGCGGCAGGUCAUCACUGAGCCGGUCUAUCCAGAAGUAGUUCAAAUGUUUGCCGGGAAUCUUUUCCGAACCUUGCCCCCCUCUAGUAAUCCGUCAGGAGCAGAGUUCGACCCAGAAGAGGAUGAACCUACUUUAGAAGCUGCGUGGCCUCACCUACAACUGGUCUACGAGUUUUUCCUGAGGUUCCUCGAAAGCCCUGACUUCCAGCCCUCCAUCGCCAAACGUUUCAUUGACCAGAAGUUUGUGCUGCAGCUACUAGAGCUGUUUGAUUCUGAAGAUCCAAGAGAGAGAGAUUUCUUGAAGACUACCCUACACAGAAUAUAUGGCAAGUUCCUAGGUUUGAGAGCAUUUAUUCGCAAGCAAAUCAACAAUAUAUUUUACAAGUUCAUUUAUGAGACAGAACAUCAUAAUGGUGUGGCAGAGUUAUUAGAAAUUUUAGGAAGUAUCAUCAAUGGGUUUGCACUACCACUUAAGGAGGAGCAUAAAGUUUUCCUCUUGAAAGUACUAUUGCCACUUCACAAGGUUAAGUCCUUGAGUGUGUACCAUCCUCAGUUGGCCUAUUGCGUUGUCCAAUUUUUGGAGAAAGACCCUUCAUUAACAGAGCCUGUUAUCAUCUCCCUGCUCAAGUUUUGGCCAAAAGUCCAUAGUCCCAAGGAGGUGAUGUUCUUAAACGAGUUAGAAGAAAUUUUGGAUGUGAUUGAACCCAAUGAAUUUGUGAAGGUGAUGGUCCCAUUGUUUCGCCAGCUGUCCAAAUGUGUAUCUUCGCCACACUUUCAAGUUGCAGAAAGAGCUCUCUACUAUUGGAAUAAUGAAUAUAUAUUGUCAUUAAUCAGUGACAAUGCGCAAACCAUUCUCCCUAUCAUGUUUCCAGCACUUUAUAAGAAUUCCAAGUCACACUGGAACAAGACUAUACAUGGGUUAAUAUACAAUGCUCUUAAACUGUUUAUGGAAAUGAAUCAGAAGCUGUUUGAUGAGUGCACACAACAAUACAAAGCAGAACGACAGAAAGAGAAGGAGAAGUUACGAGAACGCGAAGAGGCAUGGCAACACAUAGAAGAUCUGGCGGUACAAAAUCCACUGUUCGACAAAUUCUCAUCAGAGAGUAAUGACCUGUAUAGUUCUUCUUUUAUCACCUCUCCGCAGGAUGAUAAUGAUUCAGAUUUCAGUUCUUAUAGCAUUGGAGGAGAAUCCACAGAGGUAAGUAGCAACACAGGAGCAAUGCCUGCGCUAAGGUAUUUCCAAUACUAGCCUUUUACCCCUUGA